AUGCCAACGUAUGAACUGUUUCGAGCCAUACUAGUUGCAGCAGUAGCUCGCCGUAAAGCGAAUUCUUCAUGGGCACGGCACAGUGUCGACAUCGCUGACAUUGAACAAAAGUACACAGCGGCAGCCCAGGAUAGUGAUAAGUGUCUAGAGGCAAUCAAGGAUUUCGAUGUCUUGUUCCAAUGCGAGGACGACCCAGAAAGACGGGAGUGGUUUACAAAGCGACGCGGCGAUUACGCCCAGCGUAUUGAGGUGAACAACGCAGAGAUAAAAAACUUGCAGGAUCGAGAAGAUAAAGCUGUUGCUCGACAUGAGCAAGUACUGGACCGGAGCAAGGCAAGCGAGGACGCCUUAUGGGUUCUAUUGAGCGAUCUACUCGUCAAGAUAGGCGUGUUGCCUAGCGCGAACAGUAUUAAUAACAAGCCCCCAGUCCUGGUGGAGGAUGCAAACGAAUCCUGCGAGCGAUCAUACCAUGAUUGGCCCGAAGACAACUGGAACGAUGAGAUACCAGGGGAGUGGAAGGACACACCGGCUGUAGCAAAAUGGAGAAAAGCUACCGAGGUCCAGCAGUUUGAAGACCCAGAAAAUACCUGGAACAACGCAUGGGAAGACUACCCCAUGGAAGACCCCCUUAUCAUGCUGCGGGACAGAUAUACACAAAAGGCACAAGAGGCAAAUCGCGUGGAGGUAGAGUUCAACCAAAUCCGCGACCGAUAUAAGACCGAAUUAGACGCCUUCUUGUUCCAUCGGAGAAGUACUCAGCCAGACCUACAAAAAGAACCGCAACAACUUGAAGAAGAAUUUGGCCCAAUAUGGCUUCAGAAGUGCCGGGAUAUGACGGGCAAGUUUAAGGAAGCGGACAAAGAGUAUGAGGACGCAUCGCAAGCUCUCUCGGAUGCAAACCGGCGUGAUCGCGCAACUAAAAGAGAUUGCCCUGAAAUACACACUGAUCAAGUAGCAGCUAGGGAUGAAACCACGGCACCACAACACUUCAAAGACCUACUACCCCGUCGAAAGCGGCGUUUGAUCAAAGAAUGGUGCGAAGAUACUUCUAAGCAACUGAGCAAUGAAGAGGUCGAAGAGUUAAGGAGGAACACGGGCCAGCAGCAUCUUCCCAUCGACAUCGACAUACCGAGCAAUCCACUGCACAGUGGUGGCGAGGAUGUUCCCAUCGCCACAGGUCACAAACGGCGAAAGAUCGAUAGGUUCAAACGACGAAACGAGGGGCAAUGGCCGGAUACAAGCGAUGAUGCCUUGCAAGCGGUGCAUCUUGCGUGGGCUCGGGAGGUUGGAGAACACCUCUAG